UGUUCAAGCUAGCUGGUUAGCUUCGGCCUCAUAGCACAACUUGAACUGGGUUAAACAUUGGAAUGGCAUUGGACAGAUACGUGUAGGAUGUUUCUCUCCACAACGAAGGACCGUGCAGUUACUUAACAUCUUCGUUUGGACGACCCUCGCUACUUUAAGAUGCCUAUCAGAGCCCUGUGUACUAUCUGCUCCGAUUUCUUCGAUCACUCCAGAGAUGUAGCUGCCAUCCACUGCGGACACACUUUUCACUAUGAAUGUCUCCUCCAGUGGUUUCAGAUCGCCCCCACCAAAACAUGUCCACAGUGCAGGAAACAGGUCAGCACCAGACACAUUAUCAGCAAGCUGUUCUUCGAUGUUGGUGGAGAGGAGGGGGCCCAGGGCGCAGACCCAGAAAGCUUACAGAAUGAGGUGGAUCGAGUUAAAGUGCUUUUAAGCUCUAAAGAGCGAGACUGGCGGGACAAACAGAAGGUGAUGGACAGUAUGAAGGACACUGUUGACAAGCAGAGGAGAGACCUGGACAGCACGAAGAAAGAAAUCAUGGAAAAGGACAUGCUCUGCUCUGCACUUAGAAAGCAGAUGACGUACCUGGAGACACAGCAGAAUGAUAUUCACUCUGCCAAGGACGAGAUCCGCAGACUCAGAACCAAGAUGAAAACCUUUGAAAGCCUGGACGUGUUGUUACAGGGUCAGAGAACAGAGGUGGAGUCCAUGAUCACAGAUAUGGGUGUCAGCCAUGCAGCCAUGGAGCAGCUCUCAAUCUACUGCAUCUCACUCAAGAAAGAGUAUGAUAAUCUAAAAGGAAGCCUGAAGUCUUCAAAUGACAUGUGCGAGAAGCUAAAGAGAGAAGUGCUCUCCUCCAACUGCAAGUUACAAAAAGCCUCAGUGGGAAUGAAUCAGUCCAAGAAGGACAUGGAGUCUCUGCAGAAUGAACUGUCAAAUGCAGACAAAGAGAUCUCUAGUCUGAGGAAGAAAGUGGAGUUUCUUCAGAAGACUCUGAGCACGCCGACGCGGACAAACGAAACUCUGAGUCGGCUCGUCUUUGAAAGCCCGGCCCCUAUGGAGCUGAGGCAGCCCCGCCUUCACCAGCCUGCAGAUUGCGAGGACAUUGACCUCAAUAUGACCUAUGACGUGUCUACACCAGAUGAUGCUGCCAAGAGGCCGUCGCAGGUCCCGUCUAAGAAGAUGCGUCUUGACCCUCCAGUGACGUCCAAACACAAGGAGAAAAGUUUAACUUCAACAAAGGCUCAACAUGAGGAUGCAUCCAUGGAUCUCUUUAUGAGGAACUCCAUCCUGUUUAGAAAGAAAACUUUUGGCAGCAUGUUGGACCCUCAAAGGAAGCCUGGAGUUGUGAGAACUGGUUAUGAUGGAUUAGGAGGACGAACUAAAUUCAUCCAAGCUUCUCCUCUAUCAGAGAUCCGCCCUCUGAUGAAAGGUAAAAGGAAGAAGGUGACCAGGCCUCUGACCAGGAUUGAAACGUGCCUGACCAUGGACAGCUUCCUGCAGUGAGCGCCAGCUUCUCCUUCCCCCCGGACGACUUCCUGGUUCUGCUCUGGCACAGAUUUAUUGUGUGUGUUAGUAUGAAUUUUCUAUGACAAAACUUCAGGCUUUUUGGAGCCUUUUUUUGUAGUUGCGUGUCUGUGCCUCAGAGAUGAACUUAUUUUUGGACCAUUCAAAAGUCAGGAGAACAGUAUUAUGUCCCCGAUCAUCACAUAUCUCUAUACUGACAUCUGAAAAAUUAUUUAUUAUUUUUUCAGACUUAUUUAAACUGUCUCCAUGAACAACAACAUGUGGAUAUAAUUUAGUUGUUUUUUUUAGUCGUAAAGGUCGUGCCAGAUGAAAACAAAAAUAAUAAACAAUAUUUGUUUUAAUUAA